AUGAGCACCACCGGCAGCACCAGGAAACGAGCGGCGCCGUCGCCUAAUCCGGCGGCAACUCCAUCUCCUCAGCUGAAGCAUCAUGCGACGAUGGAAGAAGAGGAUUUAGACGAGGACAUAUUCCUCGAGGAAACCCUCCUGCAGUACGAGGAGGAGGACGCCCAGCGCCAUGCCUUCGCCGACCGUCUUAUCAAGUGGAAGCGCCCGGCACUUUCCCCCUCGUACCUAUCACAGUCUCAGAACAUUGUCUUCCAGCAGUUGGAAAUAGAUUAUGUAAUUGGAGAUAGCCACAAAGAACUUCUGCCAAAUUCCUCAGGCCCCGCUGCAGUUAUUAGGAUCUUCGGAGUGACGAAAGAAGGACAUAGUGUUUGCUGUCUUGUACAUGGGUUUGAACCAUACUUCUACAUCAGCUGCCCUCCAGGCAUGGGUCCUGAUGAUAUCUCCCGUCUCUAUCAAGUCCUUGAGGGUAGGAUGAGAGAAGCAAAUCGAAAUCAUAAUGUACCCAAAUUUGUUCGUCGUAUUGAAUUGGUUCAGAGAAGAAGCAUUAUGUUUUACCAACAGCAGAAGUCACAGCCGUUUCUUAAAAUUGUGGUUGCGUUGCCCACAAUGGUUACUAGCUGUCGUGGUAUCCUCGACAGAGGUAUUAAUAUUGAUGUACUGGGCAUGAAGAGCUUUAUUACAUAUGAGAGUAAUGUUCUUUUUGCUCUCCGCUUUAUGAUUGAUUGCAACAUAGUUGGGGGCAACUGGAUUGAGGUUCCUAAUGGAAAAUAUAAGAAGACAGCACAAAGUUGCUCCUAUUGUCAGUUAGAGUUCGAUUGUCUUUAUUCGGAUUUGAUCAGUCAUGCUCCUGAAGGGGAAUUCUCGAAGAUGGCUCCAUUUCGCAUAUUAAGUUUUGACAUUGAGUGUGCUGGGAGAAAAGGCCAUUUUCCUGAGCCCACUCAUGAUCCUGUUAUCCAGGUUGCCAAUCUAGUAACCUUACAGGGAGAAAAUCAGCCAUUUGUUCGCAAUGUGAUGACCCUUAAGUCUUGUUCACCAAUUGUUGGCGUUGAUGUCAUGUCAUUCGACACUGAAAAGGAGGUCUUUUUAGCUUGGAGGGAUUUUAUUCGUGAAGUGGACCCAGAUAUUAUAAUUGGCUAUAACAUCUGCAAAUUUGAUUUGCCAUACCUCAUUCAGAGAGCAGAAGCAUUGGGGAUAGCGGAAUUUCCAAUACUUGGGCGCAUGCGGAACACCAGGGUCCGAGUCAAAGAUGCGAAAUUUUCAUCAAGGCAAUUAGGAACCAGGGAAAGUAAAGAAGUUACAAUCGAAGGGAGAGUUCAAUUUGAUUUGCUACAGGCUAUGCAAAGGGAUUACAAAUUAAGUUCGUACUCCCUCAAUUCUGUUUCUGCACACUUCCUUAACGAGCAGAAAGAGGAUGUCCAUCAUUCGAUUAUAUCUGACCUUCAGAAUGGGAAUUCAGAGACCAGGAGGCGUCUUGCUGUAUAUUGUUUGAAGGAUGCUUACCUUCCACAACGCUUACUAGAUAAGUUGAUGUUUAUUUAUAACUAUGUGGAGAUGGCUCGUGUAACUGGUGUUCCCAUGUCAUUUCUACUUUCCAGAGGGCAGAGCAUUAAGGUGCUGUCUCAGCUUCUACGGAAAGCAAAACAAAAGAAUCUAGUCAUACCAAAUGUGAAACAGGCUGGAUCAGAACAGGGAUCCUAUGAGGGUGCAACUGUUCUGGAAGCCAGAGCAGGAUUCUAUGAUAAGCCUAUUGCAACACUUGAUUUUGCAUCUUUAUAUCCAUCAAUUAUGAUGGCAUACAACUUAUGUUAUUGUACAUUGGUAACCUCAGAAGAUGCCCGUAAACUUAAUUUGCCUCCAGAAUGUGUCAAUGAAACUCCAUCUGGCGAAAAGUUUGUCAAAUCGAAUUUACAGAAGGGGAUACUGCCAGAAAUUCUUGAAGAACUUUUGACUGCACGUAAAAGGGCUAAGGCAGAUUUGAAGGAAGCAAAAGAUCCUCUUGAGAAAGCUGUGUUAGAUGGUCGGCAAUUGGCUUUAAAGAUAAGUGCAAAUUCCGUAUAUGGAUUUACUGGAGCUACCAUCGGCCAGUUACCUUGUUUGGAGAUAUCUUCAAGUGUAACCAGCUAUGGUCGACAGAUGAUUGAACACACCAAAAAACUUGUUGAAGAUAAAUUCACUGUGCUUGGGGGCUAUGAGCACAAUGCCGAGGUCAUAUAUGGAGAUACAGAUUCUGUGAUGGUGCAGUUUGGUGUGUCCUCGGUUGAAGCAGCCAUGGACUUGGGUAGGGAAGCUGCUGAUUAUAUCAGUGGGACCUUCAUCAAGCCUAUUAAACUAGAGUUCGAAAAAGUUUACUAUCCAUAUCUGCUUAUUAGUAAAAAGAGGUAUGCUGGUCUUUACUGGACAAAUCCAACAAAGUUUGACAAGAUGGACACCAAAGGUAUUGAAACCGUUCGGAGGGAUAAUUGUUUGUUGGUCAAAAACCUUGUGAGUGAGUGCCUCAAUAAAAUAUUGAUAGACAAAGAUAUCCCUGGGGCAGUUCAGUAUGUCAAGAACACAAUCUCAGAUCUCCUCAUGAACCGAAUGGAUUUAUCCCUUUUGGUUAUCACCAAGGGUCUCACGAAAACAGGGGAUGACUAUGAAGUUAAAGCAGCACACGUGGAGCUUGCGGAACGAAUGCGCAAGAGAGACGCUGCUACCGCUCCAAAUGUCGGGGAUCGAGUACCUUAUGUCAUUGUAAAAGCGGCGAAAGGGGCUAAGGCAUACGAAAGAUCGGAGGAUCCCAUCUAUGUGUUAGAAAACAACAUUCCCAUAGACCCCAAUUACUACCUUGAAAAUCAAAUUAGCAAGCCAUUGCUGAGGAUCUUUGAGCCUAUCUUGAAGAAUGCUAGUAAAGAGCUUCUUCAAGGAAGUCAUACAAGAUCUAUUUCUAUCUCUACUCCUUCAACCGGUGGCAUCAUGAAGUUUGCAAAAAAGCAACUAACUUGCAUAGGAUGCAAGGCUUUGAUCAGUGAAUCCGCUCAUACUCUAUGUGCGCACUGCAAAGGACGAGAAGCAGAACUCUACUGCAAAUCCGUAGCUAAUGUUGCGGAAUUGGAGGAGCUUUUUGGUAGGCUAUGGACACAAUGCCAAGAGUGUCAAGGCUCGCUUCAUCAGGAUGUCCUUUGCACUAGUCGGGAUUGUCCAAUAUUUUAUCGGAGGAAAAAAGCCCAGAAAGACAUGGCCGAAGCCAAAUUACAACUAGACCGGUGGAGCUUCUGA